AUGGCUGAAGAACAUGAUUCAUAUUCCAAUGGGAACAAAAGCAAAACUCCUAUCUACAUUUUAUUCAAGGAUUGCAGGUUUGUUUUUAAUUUUGACAAACUUGGCUUAGAAAUAGCGUCGAUUGCAUUGCCUGCAGCACUGGCUUUGACAGCCGAUCCAAUUGCUUCUCUAGUUGACACAGCAUUCAUUGGUCAAAUAGGUCCAGUGGAGCUUGCUGCUGUAGGAGUUUCUAUCGCUUUGUUCAAUCAAGCCUCAAGAAUUGCAAUAUUCCCUCUUGUUAGUGUCACAACCUCUUUUGUUGCUGAAGAAGAUGCUAUUGGAACAGCGAGUCCCGAGGAAAACCAGAAUGAUUACCUAGAAACAGGUCCAUCAAUCAAUGGUGAAACUAGACAGUUGAUCCCAGAAAGGGGUACUGAUCAGAAUGCAUACAAACCAGUUGGUGCAAGCUUUGAAAUAGUUACAACCAAUCAUCAAAAGAGGUACAUCCCGUCAGCGUCAUCAGCAAUGGUUAUUGGGAGCAUCCUUGGCCUCAUCCAAGCCAUAUUCCUCAUAUCAGCCGCAAAACCUCUAUUGAACUUUAUGGGGGAUUCCCCUAUGCUAAAACCUGCACAGCAGUACUUGAUCCUGAGGUCGUUUGGUGCUCCUGCAGUUCUUCUUUCACUGGCUAUGCAAGGGGUCUUCCGUGGGUUCAAGGAUACAAAAACUCCUUUAUAUGCAACCGUGGCAGGAGAUGUUACAAAUAUAAUUUUAGAUCCAAUAUUUAUGUUUGUUUUCCGUCUGGGUGUCAAUGGUGCAGCUAUUUCUCAUGUUAUAUCUCACGUGCCUCUUAUCAUUGAUAUGUUCAUUAUAGGUUUUCUUUUAUUAAUGAGGGUCAUUGCUGUUACAUUCUGUGUAACUCUGGCUGCAUCAUUGGCUGCGCGGCAGGGACCGACACCCAUGGCGGCAUUUCAGGUCUGCUUGCAGGUUUGGUUGGCAACUUCCCUUCUAGCUGAUGGACUGGCUGUUGCUGGACAGGCAAUACUUGCUAGUGCAUUUGCAAAAAAAGACUACGACAAGGCAACAGCCACUGCGUCACGAGUGUUACAGUUGGGAUUGGUUUUGGGGUUGAUGCUCGCAGUCAUACUUGGAGUAGGGUUGCAGUAUGGGGCAAGGCUAUUUACAAAAGAUGUCGAUGUCCUACAUCUUAUCAGCAUAGGCAUUCCGGUUAUGGUGGCUAUUGUCAGCAUCUUUGUUUUGUUUAUUCUCUCCUAUACCAAUGGAUUCAUUGGAAUCUGGGUUGCUUUGACCAUCUAUAUGAGUCUUCGAGCAUUUGCCGGAUUUUGGAGGAUAGGGACAGGAACAGGACCUUGGGAAUUCCUACGGGCAUAA